AAUUAGAAAUUGAAAAUGAAUCAUACUUGUUUUUCGGCAAUCCUAAUAGUCUUAAGCCUUCUGAUCUCAAAAUCAAAUGCCCAAAACCAGCAGUAUGAUACCUGCGGGGAAUUGCUUCAAUGUGGGAACAUCGCCGAUUUAGGUUACCCUUUCUGGGGUGGAAACCGGCCGGAGUUCUGCGGCCUUCCUGCGUUUAACCUCAACUGUACCGCCACGGAUUCUCAACCCAGAAUCACGAUCAAUUCACACGAUUACCAUGUACUAGCGAUCAACAAUGAAUCCUGGUCAAUCACCGUCAUUAGAAACGAAUUCUUUGACGAUGUUUGUCCAGAGAAUCCCGGGAACGCGACCCUCGAUACCUCUUUCUUUAAUUAUGCCGCCGAUAUCACCAACUUUACCCUUUUCUACGGCUGCAGGACUACAAUCCCCAGCAACCAAGUACUGAAUAGCUUCGACUGUGAAGGAUCCGACAACACCAUUUUUACCAAUAAUUCUUACCUACCAACUUCGCUUAUGCCGAACUUAGAAGCCUUAGAAGCCUUAGUCGGCGUUUGCAGUUAUUCUAUUGAUGUUCAAGUGAAUAAAACAUCCGGCGAUGCUUUAAAAAGCAGUCCACCGACGAUAGAGCUGAAGGCGGCGUUAGAAAACGGGUUUGGGUUGGUUUGGUCAGCUAACAAUACCGCCUGUGAAAGGUGUGUCGGGUCAAACGGGCGAUGCGGGUCAAACUCGAGUUCUUUUGUCUGUCAUUGCAUUGACCGGGAUUAUGCCGAGACUUGUGGGAAUAUGGGUGAGCAAACUUUGGGUUAACCCAAAGUUUGGAAUUGUU